CCAAUGCUAGCAUGCUAGCACCCACUUCGUCUUCAUCUCUUGUUUCUCAAGAGAGUUUCUCACCGCCCUCUGCCGCUUCGACAUCGGCGUCGUCAUCGAAUGCAACAGUAAUUGGUGACAGUAGCGUCAAUAGCAAGAAUAAUUUAUCAGAGUGUCUCACCACUAAAGCAACUGCACGGCUGCGUAGGCGUUCCACUGUCGAGCAUGCAUAUUUAACACAAGCAGCACAUUCACCGGACGCGAAUAACAACACAAAUAAUAGCAAUUCACCACAACCACCACUACGUCGUUCUCCACGAUUUAAAUCGAAAAGGCAGUUGCAGCAGCAGAUUGCUUCUUCUUCAGCUGAUAACCUUUCUCUUCAAAAAAAUAAUUCGGCGCUUCGAUUAAGAAAUAAUACAAAACAAGUUCACCAAACCUCAUUGACAUCUUCACAAUUAUUUUCCUC